GUGUCAGCUGUCGAGCUCUUCCUUUUCCUGUCGAAGUCCGUGCAUCUCAGUGGCGUCCCUCGACGAAUCCGACCGAGAAAAUGGGCAAAAUUAUGAAAUCCGGCAAGGUGGUGCUCGUCCUGAGUGGGCGAUUCGCCGGACGGAAGGCUGUCAUCGUCAAGCCCACGGACGAAGGCACCGCUGACAAACCGUUCGGACACGCUCUGGUGGCCGGAAUCGACCGCUAUCCCCGCAUGGUGACCAAGCGCAUGUCCAAGAAGAAGAUCAAGAUGAGGUCCAAAGUUAAGCCUUUCCUUAAGGUUGUCAACUACAACCACUUGAUGCCCACUCGCUACAGCGUCGAACUUGGUUUUGACAAGGCCAAUCUGAACAAGGAGACCUUGAAGGACCCCAUGAAGAAGAAGAAGGCCCGCAACAUGGUCCGAACGCAGUUCGAGGAGCGAUACAAAUCCGGCAAGAACAGAUGGUUCUUCCAGAAGCUCAGAUUCUAAUCUCUGGCUGCCUUCUUGUGUCGACAAUGUUGAUAAAUCCUUACUGUCAAAAAAUGAACUGAUUGUUUUGGUCAA